AUGGUCGCAGUCGCGCGCGCAGUUGUUUGUGUAAGGCAGAAAUCAUCGAUCAUCAUCAAUUUUCGAACAAACUUAUCUGUCACUUUUAUAUUACAAUACGAAAACAAGGCAAAAGAGUGGGAGAUCGCUCGGACAGUAUAUAGUAAGAUGAUUAAACAAUAAAUGCUUAGUACAAAGUUUCACAACGUAUUUGUUUCUCUAACAUAUUUUUUUAUAAAAUAUGACGGUUUCUAACGAAACAAUCAUGAAUACUGCGGAAGAUUCCGAAGAGGUUUCGAAAAGUUCAAAUAAACAUAGAUACGUGAUGAUGUUCAAGAGUUCAUUCGAUCGAGAGUUAUUUCCAAACAAUUUUGAUUUUUGCACUAUAGAAGAGCAAUGCGUGUGGAUAGACGAGAACAUCGCCACAUUCUUUCCGAAUGUACCAAAGUCGUUGAUAAAUCUUAUUCCAGCCACUCGUGAAGGAGAUUAUGAUCGGUCACCCAUGGAAAUACCUAAAUGGUUGGACUUAAAUAAGUACCGCAGAGGACAACAAUUUGUGCGUGAUAAUUAUACCUCAAUCAUCAUUGCUACAAUACUAGGCCUUAUGCAUGUGUAUUCUUUCGAGGAUAGUCUGAAACCUAUAAUAAUAUCAAAGCGCUCUCACACACCGUAUUUAGGAUUUAAAAGGUAUGCUUCGACCAUACAACGAUUCUUUAACUGGUAUUACGGAGAACCUUGGAUUAAAGGAACGCUAGCCUAUGAGGACAUGCAAUUUGCACGUAAAAUGCAUUCAAUGAUACGGGCAAAGUUGUGCAAACUCGAUAACGAGAAAAUUAACAAUGAAAGUAAAAUCGUUAAACUGUGGUGCCCAGAUCAUGAAUUGUUCUUAAAAGAUUUCGCUACAGUAUGUCCAUUUGAUAUACAACGUCCUUAUGUUAUGUUUACUAAGUCGCCGUACAACUCAAAAGGUAUGAAUAACGCGGACAUGGCAGUAACACAAUGCAGUUUUAUUAGUUCAAUUGUGCUUUAUCCGCAAAAAAUUGGAGUGCACGCAACUGACGAAGAUGUCGAAGCCUUUUGCCAUAUGUGGAGAUGUUAUGGAUAUUAUCUCGGGAUAGAGAAUGAGUACAAUAUGUGCCGUGGCAAUUUGGAGGACAUAAAACAGCGAGUUCGAGACUGUUAUCAAUACUGGAUAUUAUCUAAUUUUAAAAAUAUUACACCCGAAUGGGAGCACAUGACAAGAUGUCUCGUCGAACCUUUGAAUUACUAUCCUUUCAUCUAUAUGCCUUACAAAGUGAUAGCAUUAUACGCUGCAGAUGUAUUAAAUAUACGCAUGCCAAGUUUAUGUGCGUCAAUGAGUUACGCAGAAUGGAUUGCUUAUAAAUGUUACAGAUUCAUAUUGCAUUAUGCUAUUAAAUUCUCAAUCAUCCGAGUAAUUAUCAACAAAGUGGUACUAAAGAUAUUCAAUAAAGCAAUGAAUUUCAGUCCCGAGAAGGAAGCAGAACUUCAAAAAAAAUCAGAAAUGCAAUUAUCAAAACUUGAUGUUAUGCGCUAAUAACGAAAUGCAUUAGCAUAAAUUUAAAGAAAUUCUGAAUUUAAACGUGUGUUUUUUUUAAUUAUGGGAUCAUUGAACUAAUUUUGGGAAAAAUAAAUAUAUAUCGACUUGUAUUGAUAUCUAAUUAAUAUCUGGAGCAGUUAUAUAGUUUUCAUUUUUCUUUUAUGGUCAAAUGUAGUUUUUCCUCCUCUUAUUUUUCGUUAAAUAAUAUGUAAAAUAACACACAAAAAGCUUUUUAACUUUAUUCUAUAAAACAUCCAUCUUUUUAUUCAAUAAUUGUUUUAUUCAGUUGUUUCAUUUAUAACUAUGGACAUUUAUAACACUUAUAAUAACAGAAAUAAUAUGUUACAUAAUAAACAAAAACAAUUUUUUGUUUGAAAGUAAAAACUCAUACAUAUAGCUUUAAUAACGGAAAUAUGUCAUGGUAAAUUUGGAAUUAUAUAAAUUUACAUUAAUAAUAAUAAAUAACAAAAAUAGCUAAAACAUAUUACAAUUAGAUAUACCAAAAAAAGUGUAUAUAAUAUAUUUGUUCAUCAAUUGUAAUAUACCUAUAUCUAAUAAUAUUACAUAAUUGCUUUCUAUAUACAUUACAAAUUAUGUAUGUAAGUAUGACAUUGUUACAUGGAUUACAAAAAAGUUAAUCUUAA